UGCGUGCGUGCUGGGUCCCGCCCCCUUGCCACGUCCGUGCGGCGCCUGCGGCGGAGCCGGUGCGCGCGGUAGUUAACGUCGCGGCCUCGUGUAGGGAGCACCUGUUGCAGCCAUGAUGCCUGUUGCAACCGUGAUGCCUGAUGACACACCAAUGUUUGACCCAAAUAUUCUGCAUGAACUUGACUGGAGCGAGAACACGGCGACGUUUUCUCCUGCCAUUUCUCCUUUAGAUCCAGGAGAUGGCCUGGUUUUGAGACCACUUUGCACAGCUGAUUUAAAUCGAGGCUUUUUUAAGGUUCUGGGUCAGCUGACUGAAACUGGAGUUGCAAGCCCAGAGCAGUUUAUCAAAACCUUUGAGCACAUGAAGAGGUCUGGAGAUUACUAUGUUACUGUCAUAGAAGACACAAAUCUUGGACAGAUUGUUGCUACGGCAACGCUGGUGAUAGAACAUAAGUUCACUCACUCCUGUGCAAAGAGAGGAAGGAUAGAAGACGUAGUAGUAAGCGGGGAGUGCCGAGGAAAGCAGCUUGGCAAACUAUUAACGUCCACCCUGACAUUGCUAAGUAAGAGACUGAACUGUUACAAAAUUACACUUGAGUGUCUGCCAAAAAAUGUGGAUUUCUAUAAGAAGUUUGGCUAUUUGGUAUCUGAAGAAAACUACAUGUUUCAACGGUUCUUUAAUUAAAGAACUUCUAGUAAUUUUAUUUUUUUUUAAAGACUUGGUGGAGGAGCUUGUGCUACAAACAUUCUCUUCGUGGAAAAUUUAUAUAGUUUAUUGCUGCAAAUAUGACGAUCCCUAUAAAUAAUGAAUGUCAAAUGUGUAAAUCAUGGGAAAAAAAACAAAAACAAAAACAAAAAACUGACAUUUUAGAAGGGUCCUCUGGGUUAGGAAAUGAGCGCUUAGAACUAAUUUUUACUACUGUUCAGUCUAAGUGAAGCUUUUUUGUUUUAGCUGAGUUACAAAGGACUCUCGUUAAAGGGAUGGUUUUUAACCAAAGGUAUAUAUUUUUAUCUCAAAUUUUUUCUUGCAUUGUAUUUUUCUAAAAGGUUUGUGCUUCUUUUCUCGGUAGCUGGGGUACAGCUCGUGGGAUUGUGCUCCUGUCUGUACUUCACAGAAGGAUGAUGUAGCUCGGGCGGGGAUGAUGCUUCUCUCGUGCAGAAUUAGUGAUACAGGAUGGGCAUUUGUUCUGUUCUUCCCAUGAAACCUCACGGAGGUGCUGUUGAUGUCAGCAUGCCUGAAGUUUUAUAGGUACUGUUUUCCAAAACCAAAUUUGUUACCGCUCGUGUGGGUAGCAGCAGGGGGAAGAAUCCUUCUGGGCUGUGCUAAAGCUGAUGUUCAGAGUCUAAAAACGGAUGUGUGCUUCUCACUGCAGGGGUGCUGCACUUUAGCUGAUAACAUACUUUGUUUUCAGCAUAAUGACUUGUUUGGUGACACACACAAAAAUAAAAAUACCUGGAUGGUUUGUGACAGGGCAAAGGUAACUGGGAAGCUGGAAUGUCUGACAGGCAGAACACACCCCAUCUUUAGCAGGGCUCUGGCUCGUGCUCAGAUUCGGGACUGGCAGGCAGUGCCUGUAUUGGUGAGGAGGUGGUUCGGCUUUGCCGAGCAUACCCGGCCAGCUCGUGCACUCAUGGCUGUGGUGUUGCGGUAACGGUGUCUGCCUGUGGCAUAGCAAACCAGCGGAGAAACCCCCCCGAUCCUGGUCAUGAGGGCCUGCUGCUGCUUCGGAGCAUCUUUCUUGCUGUAAGAUUGGAUGAAUGAUUUUAGCACUUUUGUGGGCGCCGCCAAGCAAAUAACAUACAAAGCUCCAGUUCCAACAGUGGUGUUUUGUGCGAGGAGAGGGACAAAUCCUGCGUUGAUGAAUAGGGCAUUAUAAAUACAUGAAGGUUCGUACAGAACAGCCAGUCUUGUUUGUGAACAGUUAGGCCUUACAAAAUGUUCUUUCAUUGUGGUGUGGAGAGCCUACUUUAAGCUCCGGUGGGGGUCCUAUUUAAUGUUCCUGAUGGUACUCCACUCAAUAUAGUGUUUCCUUGGUGAUGUCUGUUUUAUUUAUUGAUUAUUUUUUAAAAAAAAAUCUUUGUUUAAGCUGAAUAAAUGAAGACUGCCAAAUGUA